AAGUUGUUUAGUCCACCAAACUUUGUUUUGCACGUGUAGACCGAAGCUGGGAGCGGAAGAGUGAAAGGAGGGCACAUUUUGUAGGUGUAGCAGCCCAUCCCAACUCAAGAGCUCAACAGAGUUACUCUUGAUUAUGGCACCAUCCGGAAGAAAACCUGCAGGGAAAAGUGCUAAACCAGCACAGGAGGAUCCAGUUAUUCAUGCCUACAACUUUGAAGAAGAUCCAAAAAAACAUCUGAGUGGAUCUGAAGAGGAUAUUAGAGAAGAUGAAACUCCACUGAUUGAUAAACAUGGGAAAAAAAGGCCUUCACUGACUCCUCAUACUGUAGUUGAAGAUGUUGGGGGAGAAGUACAGAAUAUGCUAGAAAGAUUUGGAGCUGACAUUAACAAAGCUCUUCUGGCUAAAAGGAAAAAAUUAGAAAUGUACACUAAGGCUUCUCUCAAAACAAGCAACCAGAAAAUAGAACAUGUUUGGAAAACACAACAAGAGCAAAGGCAGAAGGUCAACCAUGAGUACUCCCAGCAAUUCCUGCAUGUAUUUCAACAAUGGGAUGCUGAUAUACAGAAAGCAGAGGAACAGGAAGAAAAAUUAGCGAACAUGUUUCGGCAACAACAAAAGGUUUUCCAACAAGCAAGAAUAGUUCAGAGUCAAAGACUGAAAACAAUUAAGCAGCUGUAUGAACAGUUUUUAAAGAGUAUGGAAGACAUGGAGAAGACUCAUGAAACUCUUUUAGUAGGCGCACAAAAUGAGCUUCGCAAAGAAAUGGCUAUGUUGCAAAAGAAAAUCAUGAUGGACACUCAACAGCAAGAGAUGGCAACCGUUCGCAAAUCUCUUCAGUCCAUGUUAUUCUGAUGGCUCAGUGGAGAAACAACUUGUACCUAAGUAACAUGAUACAAUUAUAUACAUUAGCCAUAUGGGGAAAAGAGCCAAUAUUUUAAACUCCAUAUUAAAAAUUACAUAUGUUUGAAUACCUUAUAUUCAACACUGAUUACAGAUAAAUCAACUCAUUGCUGUUUAACAACAGAAAUGGAUUCAAUGGAUUUUUCCUCUCCUUCUCUCUCUCUCAAGUACCCCAAUGGCUCUUUAAUGUUAAUCCAUCUGCACCAAUCUUCUUUCACCUCUUAAACCAAGAAUCUAGAUAACAGGGCUAAGAUACUUUUUGAAAGUUCAGGACACCUACAGUGCAUAACAACUUCUUUAUACAAUGUACACGUUGCUAGUUUAGGAUUUCCUUUAUUGUAAGGCACUCUUAAUAAUUUGCCAGUUUCAUGGUCUUUUUCAUGGUCUUACUGUAAGUAAAAUGUUCUCUUUUUUUAGGGAAGGUUGGGGGCUGGUAGCCUAGUCGAUAUUAAACAAGCAAUAAUAUUUUGCAUUCUGCAGUUCAUGUAACCUGAUUAAAAGCUAAAUUAAAAAGCCAUCUACAAUGAUUAUUGAAGAAGAGCUUGUAUAUUAAGCAAGCAGGUACCUAUCUCCAAAAUCUGCAACUGAAAUGUUUCUUCCCCCCGCCACUCCCAAAUAGCAAAACCUUCCUUCAAUGAGCUUUGUCUGAGUUUAAAAAAAUAAAUAUGAACAUAAUGCUUUAUAUUUUCAUACUGUAAAAACACACUGGUGACUCAAACAUUACAA